AUGUCUCUCCUCGCCCCCAUCAUCUGUGACAAUGGUACUGGGUACUCGAAAGUUGGGUUCGCCGGAAACUCGGACCCAUCAUUCGUGUUCCCUACCGCAAUUGCUACUCGCGGGCCUGCUGCACAGUCGAAUCGGCCAGGCCCGGCUGUUCCCUCGAAACCUGGACAUUUAGCUACCAAGCGCGGAGUCGAGGACCUUGACUUCUUCAUCGGCGAUGAGGCCCUGGCCAACGCGCAGACUCCCGGCUAUGGUAUCAACUAUCCGAUUCGCCACGGCCAGAUCGAUAACUGGGAUUACAUGGAGCGGUACUGGGAGCAGACGAUUUUCAAGUAUCUGCGCGCGGAGCCCGAGGACCACUACUUUCUCCUGACCGAGCCGCCGUUGAACGCACCGGAGAACCGCGAGCAGACGGCGGAGAUCUUCUUCGAGUCCUUUAACAUCAAGGGCCUCUACAUCGCCGUCCAGGCCGUGCUCGCGCUCGCGGCGUCCUGGUCCUCGAACCGCGUCACGGACCGCACCCUCACCGGCACAGUCAUCGACUCGGGCGACGGUGUGACGCACGUUAUCCCGUGCGCGGAGGGUUAUGUCAUUGGCAGCGCUAUCAAGCACAUCCCCAUCGCCGGACGCGACAUCACGCAGUUCGUGCUCAACCUUAUGCGUGAACGUGGGGAGAUGGCGAGCGUACCCCCCGAGGACCAGCUGAGGGUGGCAGGAAAGGUCAAGGAGCAGUACAGCUACGUCUGCCAGGACAUUGUCAGGGAGUUCAGGAAGUACGACCAAGAGCCGUACAAGUAUUUUGCUCGCUACGAAGGCGAGCACACCGUGACAGGCAGGAAAUACGAGAUCGACGUCGGCUACGAACGCUUCCUCGCGCCCGAGAUCUUCUUCAACCCGGAGAUCUAUUCCUCCGACUUCCUUACCCCCCUUCCUGAGAUUGUCGACGGUGUCAUUCAGCAGUCCCCGAUUGAUGUUCGUCGUGGCCUCUAUAAGAACAUCGUGCUGUCUGGAGGCUCGACCAUGUUCCAGCACUUCGGGAACCGUCUCAAGCGCGACCUGAAGCAGAUUGUAGACAGCCGUCUAGACGCGAGUGCCGCAGCCAGCGGCAGCCAGCUGCGCUCUUCUGGCGUUGAUGUUGAAGUCAUUUCUCACAAGCGGCAGCGCUACGCCGUAUGGUUCGGUGGAUCGCUCAUGGCUUCCUUGCCCGAGUUCUAUUCGUUCUGCCAUACCAAGGCUCAGUACGAUGAGAUUGGUCCCAGCAUCUGCAGACGGUACCAGAUUUUCGGCAGCGCCACCUAG